CAUUUUUCUGGGCAUCAAAACGACGCCGUUUCUGGGGGACAAAAUCGGAGCUUUAGAAAAUCCACGCGGUUCGGCCAAUUUUUUAACCAAUUUUUUUAGGACGAUUUUGAAGAUCAAUCGGGCCGCCUAAAUGUGGCUGCAUUAUGAUGCAGGGAACUAAAAAGAAAUGGCAAUGCUGCACCACUGAUGUGCCUUACAAGGAAGAUAUCUCUAGUAAAUCUCAGCAAAAAAUUCUAUCGUUCACUGAUUUAUAGUGGGGAUCAUGACAUGGUUAUUCCUUUCUUGGCAACUCAAGCAUGGAUAAGAUCGUUAAAGUACUCCAUUGUCGACGAUUGCAGGCCAUGGUAUACUAAUGGCCAAGUUGCAGGAUACACAAGGACUUACUCCAAUGCAAUGACAUUUGCAACUGUCAAGGGUGGAGGGCACACAGCACCAGAGUACAAGCCUCAAGAAUGCUUUCACAUGUAUAGUAGGUGGAUCUCUAAGAGACUUUUCUAGGAAUAAACCAAACAAGAUCAAAUUAUAAAGGUGACAGGGAAUAAAAAGUUAUAUCAAGGAGCAGAUUUCAAGAUAACAGUUGAAGAAUGUAUCAACAAUGUUUAUAUAUUUUAUAUUAUAUUGGCUAUUGAGUUUACAUUUCAUUUGAAUAUUCAACAAAGCAGAUUUCGUAUUUUUAAGUCA